GAAGAAGAAUAUACACUGACUGACAUGAAUCUCUCUCAUUCUCUCUCCUCCUUCCUCUUGUUGUUCCUUUUCCUCUUCAUAUCUCCUUCUAAUUCCACCACCGAUUACACAUCCCUCGUCUUAAAAGGAUGCGCCAAUCAAAAAUUCCCAGACCCACAAUCCAUCUACAUCCAAAACCUCAAUUCCCUCUUCACUUCCCUCAAUUCCCAAUCCUCCCUUUCCAAAUUCUUCAAAUCCACCGCCGGCGAUUCCCAGUCAGCAAUCACCGGUCUCUUUCAGUGCCGCGGUGACCUCUCAAUCCCCGACUGCAACAAUUGCGUCAACAAGCUUCCACAAAUCUCACUCAAACUCUGCGGCGGCGACGCCAUUGCUGUAAGAAUCCAGCUUGUUGGUUGUUAUCUCCGGUACGAAAUCGCCGGAUUCCGGCAGGUAUCAGGCACCGAAUUUCUGCAUAAAGUCUGCAAACCGGAAGAGGGUUUGGUUCCCAGCGCCGUCUGGACGGCGCUGGGCGAGAUCGAGAAAGGGAUGAUGAUGACCGGAGAUGGGUUCUAUGCAGGAAGCUAUGAAUCGGUUUUUGUAUUGGGUCAAUGUGAAGGUGAUUUGGGAAACUCUGAUUGUGUUGAAUGUGUUAAAAAUGCUGUGGAGAAGGUAAAGAUUGAAUGUGGAAAUUCAAUUUCUGCUCAAAUUUAUCUUCAAAAGUGUUAUAUUAGUUACACUUAUUACCCAAAUGGAGUCUCUCCAAGAACACAAUCAGGGACAGGGACAGGACAAAAUACCCAGAAAAUUGUGGCAAUUGUUUUUGGAGGAUCUGCAUGUUUUGGAUUGACAGUUGCAUGUUUACUCUUCUUAAGAUCUACUUUCAAGAAGAAUCAAUACUAUAAAUAUUAACUAACCAUAGACUAUAUAAUAUAUAUAGUUUGAUCUAAACAAAACAACAAGUCUUGGAAAUUCCUGUGUUGUGGUUUUUUUUGUCUACUUUUGUUGUUCUUGUGAAAAUAUUUACAAGUUUGUAACUUGUUAAUAAUUUAAUUUUAGUUUAACUGUUUAA